CGCCGGGAUGCAGCCGAUGAUGGUCCAGGAGGGAAGUACAGGCACUCAAAUCAGACGUUAUCGUUAAGAGAUAUCACGUGGCUUUCUGUUUCUCCUGAAUCAUCAGUGACAAAGAUGUCUCAAUCUGUGUUGCACUUCACAAGCGCGCGCUGGAUCUAGCUGAUGCCACCGCAGAAAGGAUCUGAUUUGAUUUCUUUUUUUACUUCAUCCCUUCAACAUCUGUGUAUUAUGAUAGAAGCGGGAGUAUCAAACACAAACAGUGCAACCCUGAUGAAAACACUGUCAGGAUAUCCAAAAACUGACAACUAUGGAAUCGCCUUACACGUAGUUUUUCAUGAUCACUCACACCGUUAUUAUUAGAGCUACUCAAAUGUAAUUGACGCUCACCUACAUGUGCGUAACCUACUAUUAAAGUCUUCUAAUCUGAUCAGAGGAAAAAAGUAGCCUGCAUAUAGGAAAAGGACCACUGCUCACAAAUUAUGGACGAGGAGAACACUACUAAAAGCGACGAGCAUCAUUUGAGUUUGCAAAAAGCCUUGCAGCAGUGCGAACUGGUGCAAAACAUGAUUGACAUCAGCAUCUCCAGUUUGGAAGGUUUGAGGACCAAAUGUGCCACAUCCAACGACUUGACACAAAAAGAAAUCCGAACGCUGGAGGGUAAACUGGUGAAGUAUUUUAGUCGGCAGCUCUCUUACAAGUGUAAAGUGCCCUUACAGGAGCGGAAUGUUGAGCUGGAGGGAUUCCCGCGGCUGGGACACUGGUUCCGCAUCGUUAACAUGAGGAAAGAAGUUAUUGAGGAAAUCGCUCCAGGUGAGCUGACUCUUGAGGCUCUGUUGGACAUGUCUGACGAGCAGGUGUUGGAGUCGCUGCAGAAGUUUGGAGCGAAUGAUGAAGAGUGUGCUCGUCUUAAUGCCUCACUCACAUGUCUUCGAUCAGCCCACAAAUCAGACCAACUUGAGGACGACAAAUCACACAGUAAUGGAGGAUCCAGUGUUAACCUGUCCAAGCAGGAUUGGUCCAUUCAGUGGCCCACUUCUGAGUCGGGUAAAGAGAACACCCCAGUGGGGCCAGCAGACCACAGUCAAUGGGUCCGCCUCCAGCUCUCCCAGAGCCCCAAAUUGCACUCCCGCUACAGCCAGCACUUGUGCCAGAGCCCACAGGCACUGGCACCCCCUUUCUACUCCAAUCACCCACAUUCCCAGGCAGAUCGCCUAAACGUGGACCCUCACUCCGGCCUCUUUCCUUCCCCUUUGGAUACAGGACAUCACUCUCUCCCACCAUCCCCAAGACAGAGACACUUCGCCAACACUCCUCCGCGGACUCCCUUAGUAAUGAACACCAUGACCCCUCCAGGAACACCGCAGGUCAGACGCAGGAAUAAAAUGAAGGCCCCUGGAACGCCACCGCCAGCUAGCCGGAAGCUCAUCCACCUUCUGCCGGGGUUCACAGCCUUACACCGCAGCAAAUCUCACGAGUUUCAGCUGGGAAACAGAGUAGAUGAUGCACAGACACCCAAAGCAAAAAAUAAGAACAAGCCAUUGAACCUGAAGAUUAACGGCAGUGUGGCGGGCAGCUGUGAAAACCUGCCGACCCAGCGUUCUCCUCUCCACUCCGAUCACUCUCUCCGCUCCUUCUUCUUCCCCAAUUUUGUCCCUUCAACACCACCUGUGCACUCAGACACCCCAUCAGCAAAUACUCUGUCAGUUCCUCGCUGGUCCCCUCAGGUACCUCGCAGAGACCUCGGCAACUCCAUAAAACACAGGUUUUCCACGAAGUACUGGAUGUCACAGACGUGCAUCGUGUGCGGAAAAGGAAUGCUUUUCGGUUUGAAAUGCAAAAACUGCAAGUUGAAGUGCCACAACAAAUGCACCAAAGAAGCACCGCCCUGUCAUUUACUUAUUUACCACAGAGGAGAUCAAGGGACAGCUCAAGCUCGUCAGCUCGUCAGGACCGAGUCGGUACCAUGUGACAUAAACAACCCUCUCAGGUACGCCGACCUCCACAUUAGCCAGACUCUCCCCAAGACUAACAAAAUCAACAAGGACCACAUCCCUGUGCCGUAUCAGCCCGACUCAAGCAGUAACCCCUCCUCCACCACCUCCUCCACCCCAUCAUCUCCUGCUCCCCCUCUGCCGCCCAGCGCGACGCCCCCGUCUCCUCUGCACCCUUCCCCACAGAGCGCUAGACAGCAGAAACAGUCAAGCCUAACAGCAUCUCAUUACUACAAAUAUAAGCAGCAGUUCAUCUUCCCCGAUGUGGCCCCCGAGGUCCCCAGUAGGGCCCCGCAAGUCAUUCUACAUCCUGUUGUAUCUGAGCCUGGCACCAAAGGGAGUCCCUUGCUACAAAUUGAGAAUGAGGAAGGCAAUGAUGAAGCUGAGGGGUCUGCGGAUGAGUUCGAGGAGAUGAAUCUUUCCCUCCUCUCCGCAAGGAACUUCCCACGCAAGGCCAGUCAGACCAGCAUCUUCCUGCAAGAGUGGGACAUUCCCAUGGAACAGCUGGAGAUCGGAGAACUGAUCGGGAAGGGCCGUUUUGGACAGGUCUACCAUGGACGCUGGCACGGAGAGGUGGCCAUACGGCUCAUUGACAUUGAAAGAGACAAUGAAGAGCAGCUAAAAGCAUUCAAACGAGAGGUGAUGGCAUACAGGAACACACGGCAUGAGAAUGUGGUCCUAUUCAUGGGCGCGUGUAUGAGACCUCCUCACUUGGCCAUCAUCACCAGUUUGUGUAAGGGCAGGACCCUAUACUCAGUGGUACGAGAUGCAAAAGUCAGCCUUGAUGUGAAUAAGACCAGACAAAUAGCACAAGAGAUGGUGAAGGGAAUGGGCUACCUACAUGCCAAGGGGAUCCUUCACAAAGAUAUGAAGUCAAAGAAUGUAUUCUAUGAUAAUGGGAAAGUGAUCAUCACAGAUUUUGGCCUGUUCACAAUAUCUGGUGUUCUACAAGCAGGCAGUAGGAGAAAGGAUAAGUUGCGGAUCCCAAGCGGCUGGCUGUGUCAUCUCGCUCCUGAGCUCAUCCGUCAGCUCUCCCCGGAGACGGCAGAAAACCAGCUUCCUUUCUCCAAACAGUCUGAUGUGUUUGCCUUUGGCACAAUCUGGUACGAGCUCCAUGCACGUGAGUGGCCCUUUAAGAACCAGCCGGCUGAAGUCAUUAUAUGGCAGGUGGGGAGCGGAAUGAAGCCCAACCUCACUCAGAUCGGAACGGGCAAGGAGAUAUCCGACAUCCUGCUAUUCUGUUGGGCGUAUGAGCAGGAAGAGCGGCCCAGCUUCUCCAAGCUGGUGGAACUACUGGAGAAACUCCCAAAACGCAACCGUCGCCUGUCUCACCCAGUACACUUCUGGAAAUCAGCUGAGUAUGUCAAAUGAGCUAAGCUCAAAGCGCCUCAAAAGCUCAAAGCGCCUGUUUAUAAAACAAACAAAAACAUACAAUAAAACGCGAAACAAUCGUGAAGUAACAUUAAUGUUAAAAUGAAGACUCUAACCUAACCAGAGUCCCUUCUGGAUUGUGCAUGCAUUCUGCUGUAUUUAGCAACGUUUCCUAAAGGCAGUGAUCAUUUCGCAUACUCAGAGCACACAACUUCAUAAAAGGGAGAUGUUUUCAUUUUUGGCUUUUUUGAUCUGUUUUGCAUAUAUCAAAUGCUUGUGAUUUAUUUCUCAUUAUUAUCUUUCGGUGAAUGUUUUUUCUUUCGUUCAACCACAUAGUUUUGAGUCGACAAUGCAUUUUUAUAAACAACUGAAUCUGGUUUUAUUAUAAGUGAGUUUUUGUCUGUAUUGUUUUUGCUUUGUUUUUUAGUCAUGGAAUGAAUGUAUUUAUUUUAAGAUUUGAAAAAUGUACCCUUCAGAAUUCUUUUAAACUUGUUUAUUUUCUAUCAUUCACCGUGCACCAGUGUUUCACAGAAUUCCAUCAUGCCAUUUAUUUUUAUGUGUGGCCAUUCCAAUUACAAAGAUUUAUCGUAACAGAGGCGGGCGCUGAUUCCAAGAAUGUGAAGAAUGUUUCUCCCUUCCUGUCAAUUGUGCGUUCGCAGAAUUGCACCGUAAUUAAUGUGCCAAAGGCUUUGUCUCCGGAAGGCACCAGCGUAUGUAUAUUAUCGACACUUGAAUUGUAUCAUGCCUAACUGUGACAAAACAGAAUUACCUGGUGUAACCUGCUAUUCCUGAGCCUACGAAAAUGAAAAGGGAUAGAUAUAGCCAACUGUAUCUAUCACACUUACAAACCUUUUUAUUAUCAAUGCAUACUUAAGAAUGUUUUAGCAUAAUUUAAAGCUUUGCGUUGUUUGUACAAGGCUACACAUUCUUGUAUUGUAGAUAUGCGUAACUGUGCACUUUUCACCGUCACGACAUUUGUGUAUUAUUUCACAUCACAUCUCAUUAAAAUUACUGUUGCAUGUUGCAAGUUAUGGAGAGUCCAUGUUGUAACAGAACGCUGAUCAUGUCGAAUUGAGUGUGAAGGUUCGAAUUCAGUCUCUUUAAGUUGGUGUCGCUAGCUCGGUAUGGCUUAAAACGAAUCGCUAAAAUGCUUAUUGCCGUCUCAGCACAGUGCACUCUGGGUACAGACAAUCUACUCACAUGUAAAGCCAUGGUUUAUGGGUCAUAAACUUGUUCGCAAAACUUGCUGCUGCUUAUUUUCAAAGUGCUCAAAGUUUAUUUUAGGAUCACAAAAAUACAGAAAUUGUCAAGUGGGCGUUUAUUUUUGUACGGUUGACCGUUUUUACAUGCAUGAGUACAUUUUUAAGGGGAUCUGUUAAAUGUUAAGACCUCCAGAAUGGUAUCAUACAAAGUAGUUUUACUAAACUUAAUACAACAAAUUAAUGAAAUAAUAAAAAUGAUGUUAAAGUCUACUGUAUAUCAGGCCUAGCGAGGCACAGUUUUAAACCUAUAAAUAAAUGACUGUGCUAUAAUGUUUAUAAUUAUUUUUAAACGGGAUCCACGAGUGUGUGGACAGUGUUUUAACGAAAUUCAUGGAAAUGAAAGUAAGAAGAAAAUCUGAUCUUUUUAUCAACCAUUAUUAGCAGCACCCAUAUAAGGUCUUUUUAAUAGCCUGUGGACUUUGCUUAAUAAUCUGUUGCUGUAGUUAAUAUUACAAUCUUAAAAUCCGACCUCAUUGCCAUCUUCUAUAUUUCUGCCACAUUAUGAAUGUAUGAACUGUGUUCUGUGUGUAUGUGUGUUAUUUUCAUCUUUUUCUUGCUAGCCACGUUUAUUUGGUGGUCAUUGAUUAAUUAUGAACACUUCCAUCGCUCUGGUUUUAAUUUUUAAAUUUAAUAAAUUUUUUCUGAUAUUGUGUGCGUGUCUUUGCAGAUUUAUUUGAUGGCCUCCAUGAUUGAGUUUUUUUUUUUUUUUUGUAAAUGUAUUUCUUGUAAGUAUAUAUAAAAGCUUGUAUUUACUGAUGCCUUAUGGUCCAUGGCUUAGCGACUGGUACUCAUCACAAGCUCUUUCUUUGCACUCAUCCUUUAUGAAAAUAUAUGAAAAUAAA